UUUCACAGCCAAAAAGGAAAAGCUUACUUGCACCCCCACAUUAUAUACAUAUUUUUCACAGCUUUCAGCAUUCUCAAGAACACACUUUCUUUCACGCUGCUUGUCUCCAAACUCUGACACAUCCAACAUUAUUUGCCAUAAUAUAUAGGCAAAAUCUCCAUUUAUGAGUCCUCCAAUUUUGCAAGUUUUCUGUACUAAAUUUACAGUUAUUUUGUUAGAUCUGAUUAUGAGAUUAUAGGCUUCCAUUUAAAAAGUACAAGCAUCCAAAGACAAAUCUGUCUAUGCCCAAGAUUUUAAACUUCCUCCAUGGGAAAAACUGGUGAAAAUUCUUGGUUCAAUGCAGUUAAAAGGGCUUUCAGAUCUCCUGUCAAAGACAAUGAGACGAGGAACAGCAGAAGAGGAGAAGAACACGAACAAGAAGACGAAGAAAAGAAGAGAGGAAAAAGAAGAUGGGUUCUGUGGAAACCAUCCCUUCAUGAAACCACCAUACAACAUAGUGAAGUUAAAAACAAAGCUUCUCCAAGCCCUUCUUCCACAAGCAAUCGUGCAAAUUUGUUAAAGACACCUUUGUCAGCAAAUGGCGAAUCCGAGCAGAGGCGCGGCAUUGCAGUGGCGAUGGCAGUGACAGCUGCUGCCGAGGCAGCAGUUGCGACAGCACAAGCAGCAGUCGAGAUUAUUCGGCUAACAAGACCUAAUUUCAUUUUAGUGGAACAAAGACAGGCUGCUGUUGUUAUCCAGACAAGAUUUCGGGGUUACCUGGCAAGGAAAGCACUGCGAGCCCUGAAGGGUGUCGUAAUGCUGCAAUCCCUCAUAAGAGGAUAUAAUGUGCGGAAGCGAGCAAAGAUGACUCUCCAAUGUAUGCAAUCUCUCGUCCGCGUACAAACUAGAGUAUGCGAUCAACGCAGGAGAUUUUCGUGUGAAGGAAGCCGAAGUUCCUUGUUCGUAGAGCCUGAUGAUGGAGGAGAAUCUCAUAUCUCAAACAUCAAGCCAAUUACUAGAAAUGUAAGCAGCACUGCAGAUGAUUCGGAAGAAAAUUCGCGCACACGUGAGGAAAUUCAAGCUCUGAUACAGAAAGCUAAAGAGUUUUCACUGAAACAUGGAAACACCCUUGCUCAUGCCUUAACACAACAGAUUUGGAGCGUGGACGAUGAAGGACUUGAGUUAAAAAAUGCCAAACAUUUUGGCACGACAAUGGUGAAGCAAUGGAAAAGGAAUGACAAAGGUUUAUGUGGAAAGGAUACGAUAACGACAGUCGAAAUUGACACUGAUGGACCUUACUCUGACAGAGCCUCAAAUAUCGAUAAAUUGCAAUAUCAUCAGUAUUAUCAGGACCAUCAAGAGAAGCUAUAUUCAUACACGAUUCCCUCUCCUCUCCACAGAAAAUGUGACGAUUUCUCCCUUCAUUCACCCAAUAUGCCACCCUCACCUAACAUUAAUAAGUCUAAAGUGCACUCAGCCAGUCCGCGUUAUCAAAGACUAGAGACGAACUAUCAAACAGCCGAGACGCCGACCUGACGCUCAAAUUACUUCCACAGAAUGAGCGUAAGCCGUAACUCAGUACCUGCAUCUCAGCCAAACUACAUGGCAACGACUGCCUCGGCCAAGGCUCGAGUCAGUUCAGAAAGUGCACCAAGGCAUAGGCCUUCAACCCCAGAGAGGGAGAAAACCGGUUCAGUAAAGAAACGACUUUAUUUCCCUGUCCCGGACCAGUGCAAUGAUAUUGGCAUCAACCGCCACGAUUCAGAUCAUUACAGCAUGAACACCCAAAGCUAUAAAAACAUUCAUAUGGUCCCAUUUUGUGUUGAUCAGAGGUCAAAUAUUUCAUCUUGUUGCACAGAUAGCUUUGCUGAUGAUAUUUCUUCAGCUGCAACUUGUGAUACAAGAAGAUGGUUGAGAUGAGCCGAGAUGAUUUCGGACAGGAAUGAGCGUUAUGAAAUUCCAUUUACGAGCUUUUGUAUUUACGUGAAGAUGCACAAUAUCCGGUAGUCGAUAUGAAAUUAAGCCUACAUUUCCAAA